CCUCCACUCCCACCGCCGCUGGUUGGCUACCCCGUGUUGCCAUCUGGCCGGCUGCGUGGCGAGUCCCGUGCGCCGGGGGGCGCAACAGGUACCCGGCCCGGGGCCUCUGUGGAGGGGCGGGGAUGGAGGCGCCGGGGGCGCGGCAGCGGGAAGAGGAGCCGUUCCUAGGCCCGGAGACAACGGUGGCUGCAGGUGACUGCACAUGUCAUGAGGAAGAAGAGCUUGUGAAGGGAGGGAAAAUUGUGAAUUGGAGGCCUAGAAAAGGCCGUUUGGCAAGGAACGUUUCUGAUGGCGAGUCUCACCAGAGUAGAUUUUCUCAUUGCCCUUGCUAUGAAAGUGACACUACUCAUUCAGAUUCCUCGGGGCCUCCUGCUAAAUGUCUUCAUGACUUUGAUGACUUCCAGAGUGACCUUGAGAACUGGGAGUUGGAUGACGAAGCCUGCAUUGUAUCUUUCCCUGAGCUGAAAAUUGAUUCUCAGUACGAGGAAGAGGACUGGGAUAAAGAAUUGGAGGAUGCUGAAUGUAAUCCAUACGACGCGGAAGAUAUCGACUGUGGUAGUCAUCAGGAAAAUUGUCUAUUGGCAUCAUGUGCAUGGCAAGAAGAAUCAUUGUAUAACCCCAGGUGUCACCAUGCAGCUCCACUCUCUCUGAGUUCGCCAAAUAGAAUGCCUGAGGUUGGCCAGUUUGAUGAUGCAGAUGACUGAGGUUUGCCCCUGUUCAGGGCCACGCUUGGCAAAGUGGACUUUGCUCCAUUUCAGGGAUGCAGUGCAAUGUGGGGUGCCUUCCCCUAGCCUAUUGGGUUCCAAACAGGGCUUUUCUGAAAACUUUCUUUGAUAAUAUUAUUGAGCUGCAAAUACACUGAUCGUGAUCGACUGGAAGGAAGCAGAGAGGAUCUCAGACUGGACACUAACCCUAGGUAUCUGUGCAGUUUUGUAGCAUGUUUUAUUUUCAUGUUUUUUAAAGGGAAAAAAAGCUGUCUGGGAAGUCUCAUUUUUAAACUUUGGCUUGAUAGCUGGGAUUAGCCAGUUCUAAUAUGGAUCUCAUCUGUGUAAUUUUAUUUUUUCUUCUCUUUUAUUUGGCAUUAAUCAUUGAGUUGAGCUGGGGUUAACUGUUUCUGUCCUUGUUACAUAUUCUACAUUAUAAGUAGCAUGACCAAGUUGUGUUUGAAGUUCAGGUCCUCUGAUGGGCUGAGG